AUGGCCGACAUGCGCCGGAAGUUCGCUAUGAAGCGCAAGAUCGACCGUCUGGAACAGGCCGAGGAUGUCCUCCUCCGUCUUCUCAGUGCCCUGCGGGAGAGCGAGUCCACCCGGAUCGCCCAGCUGCUGAACCUCAUCCAGAGUAAUGCCUCGUUCGAGGAGCUCCAGAUGUUCCUCGAGCAGAGCUUUUCGCGCUCGGAGAUUGAAAGCACGCCCGAGCUCCGCGAGAUGCAGAGCCAGAUCUCGCGGCACUCCGAUGACGACAGCGACGACUCCAUGCAGGCCUCUGGCCGGCGCGUCAUGGAUGUCCGUCGUUUGACCGACGUGCCCGUCUAUCGCGUACCAGCCAAGCCGUGGACCACCGUGACCGACAACGACGAUCUCGUGUCACACCUGGUAUCGCUGUGGAUCACCUGGACCUACCCGUUCUUUGACUGGCUCGAUAAAGACGCCUUCGUUCGGGACAUGCAGUCGGGGAAUCUGCGCAGUCGGUUUUGCUCCCCCUUCCUGGUCAAUGCGAUCCUUGCUGAGGCGAGUUACUAUUCCGACUACGCCGAAGUUUUCACCGUACCUGGAGACAUGCUCUCACGCGGAAACCAUUUCUACGACGAAGCCCGGCGACUCCUCGAAGUGGAAGAAGAAGGACAGGGGCAUGCCAGUAUUCCCACCAUCCAGGGUCUUCUGAUCCUGUUCAUUCGCAUGGUUUUGAUGGGCAAAGAUCGUCUAGGCUGGGUGUAUCUGGACCUUGCAACUCGGGCAGCAGAGGAAUACGCUGCUGCUCACCCUCCGCGGAUUUCGAAUAGCGAAUCUGUGCGCAUGGAGGAGAAUGUGAUCAACCGAACGCUGUGGGGAGUGUUUAAUAUUGCAUCAACCGCUACGGUGUCCUUGAUGAAGCAUAUGGAUAUCAACCCACCACAAAGGGCGCGUGUUCCUAUCACUCAUGAAGAUCCUCUGGAUACUUGGUCGCCGUAUCCACGAAGUGCGCAGCCCGUCCGAGGCCAUCACAACUGUGUGUUUGACCGAUGGUCCGAUUUCUGCUGCAUCACCAUCGGCAUUAGUCGCGAAUUCCAUAAGAAAGAUGACCCUCCCGCAAAGGUGGAGAUGGUCUCCAUCGUGAACGAUAUCUACCGCCAGCUCCAAGGCUGGUACGCGAACCUCCCAGACUGUCUCCAUACCGAGGCCGCAGAGGUUCCCCACAUUCUGAGUCUUCACCUUUUCUACCACACCACCGUCCUGCAAAUCUUCGGCUUCCUCCGCUCCAGCGGCGGUGACACGCUGGACGCUGAAACCGCCGAGUCCACCCGCCGUCUCUGUAUUUCCACCGCCCGACGCAUCUCGUCCUUGCUCAACAUCCACCGUGAUAAAUGGGGCAUCGACCGUAUGGCGCCCUCCACCAUUCAAUGGGUAACGAUCGGUCUUUUUACUCUCCUGGAAGAGCUGGAUGACCCACACAACCGGAAUGCGUUCGUGGAACUCUGCAUCAUCGGUCGUGCGUUCUCGCGCCGGUUCCAGUUUGCCAAGGGCACCCUCCGCAUGGUGCAGAUGUCCGCGCGGGAGAUGAAGGUGGCGCUGCCGCCGGAGACAGACGCCCUGUUCACCGACUUUGAGACGCAGUCGUGGCGCGGAAAGGAUGCCCAAGGGUUCAGUAGCAUCUACCCGCAUUUUUCCACGGUCAUCCGACACGGACGCGAGCGCCAGGAGGGCGACACGAUGGACCUGUUUCUGGAGAAGUGGGAUAAGCUGGGCCUUGAAGAUGGGAGGAAUGAGGAAAGGAAGGCGGAUUGA